GUUCAUUAUAGAAUUCCAACCCUCUAAACCCCAAAUCAUAGAGGAGGGUUUUAUUGCAGGCGUGAGGGAAAAGCAUAGAAAAGAGAAGAAGAGACGGAGGCGAUUCAAUGGAAACCCAAAAACAGAACAGUAAAAAGCGGAAGCAAGUUUUCCCAUACGGAAACUACAGGAGUUACUACGGAUAUCGAAUUGAUCAAGGCACGGAUGAAGAUCCUCGAUUGAAAGUGUUAAGAAAGGAAUGGUUUGAAGGGAAGGAGUGUCUUGAUAUUGGCUGCAACAACGGGAUAAUCACUAUACAGAUUGCACAGAAGUUUUGCUGCCGGAGCAUUCUUGGAAUUGACAUUGAUUCUGAUCGAGUUCAGGAUGCAUAUUGGAAUCUCAGAAAAUCUGCUAGAUUGAGCUCUUCUGGGAAUAAACCUGUGAAAGCCUCCAAACUUCAGGACAAGGAUCAUCCUGAUGAUUCAGGCAACAGAGUUACUGCCUUGUGAAGUGUUGAUACGAAGGAGAUUUCAAAGAAACAUUCUUCUCCAGAGCAAAUUGAUCUGUUUACUAUAGUUUCAUUUAAACGGGAAAAUUUUGUUCAGAGUCAACGUCCACCAGGAAAGAACUAUGAUACAAUUCUUUGGUAAGUUGCUGAGUUGGUUGUUUUUUCCCCCUGUUUCACUUCCUGAAACAUAUAUUUUGGGCCAAAACUUUUAAGGUGAGGGACUGGGGGAGGUAGAAAUUUGCCAUGCCUUAUGGCCUAUUGGAAAAGUCCUGUUCAAAUUUGUUUGAAUUUGAAUUUCUGUACUUUCUAGUCCUCUUUUUGGAUUGACUUCCACAGGGUAGUUGCAAUUUAUUGGAAAUAGUUUGGGCAUAUCCUAAACCCAAAAGUUAUCUCAAGAGCUAGGAGUGCUUUGGCUAUAUUCCUAGUUAAUGUGAGACAUCCUAACACCCUCCACUCACAUCCACCAAUGGAUAACUAAAGGGUAAUUUUGCAUGAUUGGACAUGUGUGGAUUGCCCGAUAUCAAGACUCGAUACGUGAUCCAUUGUUACCGGUAUCUUUUGAUUCAUGAUGCACUAUGUUUUGACUCAAGUAACUAGCAAUAUGAAUCAUUGAAAAAAUCACUGUGGUGUGGUUCUUGAAUCCAACCAUGAAUCAGAG